AUGCUGGAGGCAGUACUACAACAGCUCAACAAUUUAGCAACCAGUUAUGAACAAUUGGCAGUACAAAGUACUAAUCAAGUACGAGGAGAGGAGUCUUCACGUGUACAAGGUCAGUUUAAUCAAAACCCUUUGUUUGAGGGGAAUGGGGGGAUUCAUGCUAGGUCCCUUAGAUUGGAUUUUCCCAAGUUUGAUGGGACAGAACCCAUGGAGUGGAUUCUCAAAGCUCAACAAUUUUUUGCCUAUUUUAAAACACCCGAGGAUCAGAAACUGCAAAUUGCCUUCUUCCACAUGGAAGGCAAAGCAUUGUCUUGGUAUUGUUGUUUAAUGGAUUCAGGGCCUAUUGGUGGAUGUGAUGAAUUUAUUUCAGCACUUAAGGUGUGUUUUGGGCCUUCUACCUAUGAGGAUCCAGUAGGGGCGUUCACCAAACUUAGGCAAACCACUACGGUGGAAGAAUACAAAACUGAAUUUGAGGUGUUAUCUAAUAGGAUUAGUGGGCUUACGGAGGAUUUUCGUAUUAGCACCUUUAUUAGUGGCCUACGGGAUGACCUGAAAAUUAUGUUAACUAUGGUUAAACCUAACACUAUUUCUGCUGCGUUUGGUCUCUCUAAGUUGCAGGAAGAGGAAGUGACUAGGAGGAAUAAGGGGAUGACAAGCAAAAAUCACAGCCAAUAUAUACCCACCAAUUCCUAUAUUCCCAAACUGCCUGCACCCACACCCCUAAUGAGGUUACCACCUCCACCACCAAGACCUAAAAACAGAACCUUUCCAACCACCUACAAUCAAACCAAGAGACCCACCAUUCCCAUAAAAAGAGUUACACCUACCCAAAUGCAAGAACGAAGGGAGAAGGGACUUUGCUACUAUUGUGAUGAGAAAUAUCACUUUGGACACAAGUGUACCAGACCCAAGCUUUUUCUGCUGGAAGGAUUAGGGGAAGAAAGGGAAGAAGAAGAGGAGGCUGACAACAGUGAAGGGAAUCUAGCCAUUAUUCAGGCAAAGGAUCCUGUUAGGGAGGAAAAAGAAAUUGGAGAGCUGUUAGGCAUUUCAUUACACGCCAUGGCAGCAAGGAGGUCGAGACUGCCAGUGGGAGAGAGCCAGUUGACAGUCAAAGUGGCUAAUGGAGAUAGCCUUCCUUGCCAAGGUUACUGUAGGGCAGUUUCUAUCCAACUACAAAAUUUAGGAGUUAAAGCUAACCUUUAUUUGUUGACUUUGGGAGGUUGUGAUGUGGUGUUAGGGGUUUAUUGGCUAAGAGGUCUCGGGUCCAUUUUGUGGAAUUUUUCUGACUUAACUAUGCAGUUUAAUUUCAGGGGCAAUGAAUGUAAAUUGCAAGUGCUGCAACCACCCCGUGAAUCGUUAGAGGAAGGGGAACACAUCCCCAAAUUCAAAAAGGGAGUUGUUAAAGGAGUUUGGUUACAUUUAAUUGGAGCAAAAGUGAAGAUCUCAGAACCCACCAGCAUACCAUCAGUGUCAAAAAUAGUGAAAGAUUUUGAAGUGGUGUUUUCCGAACCUGAUGGUCUACCUCCACCCCAGAGUCAUGACCAUAAAAUUGUAUUGCAAGAGAACUCAAAACCAACGUGUGUUCGUCCUUACAGGUAUCCCUAUUACCAAAAAGCUGAAAUUGAGAAGCUGGUGACAGAAAUGUUAAGCAGUGGUAUUAUAAGAGGGAAUCAAAGUCCGUAUUCAUCUCCGGUGCUGCUGGUUAGAAAAGCGGAUAGGAGUUGGCGUAUGUGUGUGGACUACCAUGCCCUCAACAAAGACACGGUAAAGGAUAAGUACCCUAUUCCUAAUAUUGAUGAAUUAUUGGAUGAACUCUUUGGGGCUGAAAUAUUUUCAAAAUUAGAUUUGCGCUCUGGUUACCAUCAAAUCAGAAUGCAAGAAGAAGAUAUACCCAAAACAGCUUUUAGGACCCAUGAGGGUCAUUAUGAGUUUUUGGUAAUGCCUUUUGGGCUUACCAAUGCCCCCUCCACAUUUCAAGGAUUGAUGAAUGAAAUAUUUAGACCGUAUCUAAGAAGGUUUGUUUUGGUUUUCUUUGAUGAUAUACUGAUUUACAGCAAGUCGGUUGAGGAUCAUUUACAGCACUUACGGAUUGUAUUGGAAACAUUAAAGUCCCAUCAUUUAUUUGCAAAGCAGUCUAAGUGUGUAUUUGGUUGCAGUGAGGUGAAGUAUCUAGGUCACAGAAUUUCUAAAGAGGGUGUAAAAGCUGACCCUCACAAAAUUUCAGCUAUGCAGAGCUGGCCACUGCCCAAAAGUUUGAAGGCCUUACGAGGAUUUUUGGGACUUACUGGGUACUACAGGAAAUUUGUGCAGGGUUGUGGCACCAUAGCAGCGCCCCUAACUACUCUACUCAGGAAAAAUUCAUUCGUGUGGUCUGAUAAAGCACAGGCCGCAUUUAACAGGCAUAAAGAAGCUAUGGUUAGUCCUCCAAUUUUAAAAUUACCUGAUUUCACUAAGAGUUUUGUAGUGGAAUGUGAUGCCUCAGGAGAAGGAUUAUGA